GUGUAGAGUGUGCUGGGCUGUCAGUGCUGUGAAACUGCACCUCCUGAACACCACGGGGACAUUUUGGGUUUAGCAUCUGUUGCCUGGAAUCCAGGCAGCAGCAAGAAUAACAGGAAAAGAUUGUGUCAGCAGGACUUACAGGAAGCUGAAAAAUAGUGAUGGAGACCUCCGUGUCUCAUGGGUGAAGAGGAUAGACAGAAGGACAGUGAAAGAGUGCCUCAUUUAGUGAAGUGAGGAAUUUAGGGAACAGAUAGGAUAGGGAAACUACAGGCAUGAAUCAUAAGAAGUAGAAAUUUGUGGUGGAAUGAUGCUCAGGUGGGUGGUGAAAGCCGGAAGCAGAGAAAACGAAUGCCAGUUCUUCCAGCAGCCGGUGGUGAGCUGACACUUCAGGCUGGUCAAGUUGCAGCAGAUCACAGGCUGAUGUGUUUGAUAAUACAGCCCUCAAAAGCACAGGCACAAAGGGCACCUGAACUUUUCCCAGAGAGCUGGACACAGAAUUCCAUCUUCUUAUGUCUGUGUUGUGUGAGGAGAGAGGCAGUCUUACUUCUGCCAACCCUUUGUACCCUUUUCCCUGCUACCAAAAAUACCCCUUGCUGAUACAAUCUUUGCUACAAAUGGAUGAGUAGCAGAGGUUUGUGUGAAUGAUGGGAGUCUACUGUAGUUAGAAGCUGGAGGGAUGAAAUGAGCAAGGUGAGGUCAUGAACGUAAUAUUGGUGCAGGCACACCAGAAGUUGGAAAAGAAGCAUCAGAAGAGAAGAAACUAAACAGUGAAGGCAAUCGGAAAAUAUGACAAAUGGGAAGCGCAUUGGUAGUAGAUUGGCUGGGUAUAUACCGAAUAGAUGGGAGGAAAGCAAUUUGGGUAUGAAUAAUUCUUGCUAGAAUUACUGUAUGGAAUUUUGUUACUCUGUUCUUGUUUCUGUGGCAUGGCAGAAGUUGGUUGUCAUCAGUCAAGCUAUUUCUUGCAUCUGAGGCUGGGAAACACUUCUCUUCUGCUCUUGGUUCUGAAUAAAAGCAUUGGGUGAAGAGCUGUUCCUCUUAAUAGUGGGCACUUCUGGUGGAAAUGCUUGACAGUCAGAAUAAUUGGGAGGUGAUUUAUGUCCAGUUGGAUACCACAAUGAGUUGUUAGGACAGCUGUCUUUAAAAUACAGAGGCCUUCCAGCUGAGCAUCACACAAAUACAGAACACCUGGGAAAAUUAUUAGUGUUCCACUAUUUUUCAUUCAGUUCAAUGUCUGGCUAUAUUUCUCCUUCAAGUUCUAUAAAAUAUAAAGCCCGAGUGACUGCACUGGAGGCUGGACAACACCCGAAGGAGAGUUCCAGAGGUGAAGAGUUGAGAAAAUUUGGGCUAAAAAGUGGGGCAAGUUUAGGAAAUACUUGCUUUAGAUUAUGGGUUUAGAUCUGUGUUUUGGACUAGUUAAUUUUUUCUUUUUUGUAGCACUUUCUCUGGUAAAGGCUUAAUGAAUGCAAAUGUUGGUUGAUGUAAUUUGAAAGGGUUAUGAUUCUUAUGGAAACCUUGGGUAGAAUCUUGAUGUUUUGUUUGUCUUUUAUGAAAGUAUCACAGAAAUGGGGAGCUUUCUGCCUGUGACUGUGAAAAAUGUUUGAAGGACGAAAAAUAGCAUCUUCCACUUCUACAGAAAUACAAGCAGAAACAUGAAGCAACAUUCUCUUGCCUCUUGUUCAUUCUGCAUAUAGGAAAAUAGUUGGACUCAAAUGCAAGGGAGUAGUACAUAUUUAUGUUAGACUGCAUUUUACCUAACUAGGUUUGCCUGAUCUUAACUGUAAUGCACAUAUGUAAGCAGCAGAAUUUAGAUUGCAGUUUCACUUUUUUGAAAGUAUUUUAACUUUGUGGUCUUGUUUGGUUCUUCCAUUAGGAAGAUUGAAAUCCUAAAUCAUUAGGCAUUGAAAUGUUGUCAUGCUGUUGAAAAAUUUUGAUAGAACAUGACAUCUGGUAAUUUUUGAGAAGAACUAACUUGUGAUACUUGUGGUACUUUGUCUUAGGGCAAGAGUUUUGAAAAUAUUUACAGAUCUAAGUGUGAAAAAAUUUGACGUUAUGCUCUGGAAGCAGUUCACAUUGAUUUUAGUUCCUGAAGUGACUUAAGAGUGAACUCUUCUUGACUGUUCAAGAAUGAACACGAGGACAUCAGAACUGGUGUGCAUUUCAGAUAUGAGCUCUCUAUGUUUAACUUAUAUUGAGCCUUAAUGAUUUGACAGUUCUUUAUUCCUUCCCUUCCCAUAGGGACUUGAGUUCCUUGAGUAGGAGUAUGUCUAGGCUUUAUCUUAAUUUCUUUUUUGUUGUUGUUGUUUUUUGUUGUUAGAUGAUAAGGAAACAGUAUUUUCACAUUCCUUUAUGAGUUGGUUCUGUGUUUGUGAAGCCAUAGGGUUUUGAGAAAUGGACCCAGAGUGUUGGACCUCACACUCUGUUUCAGACAGUGGAUGUUUGGUUAUCCGGAGUGGUAUUGUUAGAAUCCCAGACUGAGGGACCCUGAGUGAAAUCUGAUUCAUCUUAAAGUCAAGAGGUGCUGCAUGUUAAUUUCCACGCACCCAAAAUUUCAAUUUUUCGGUGCAUAGAGAGUGGCAACCUUCUUCACCUAAUACAAGUGAAAUAACCUUUCUUCUUUGUCUUCUACAGACACUGUGACUGAUGAGAGUUAAAGGCCAUGGAUGAAGAUGGGCUUGAAUUGCAGCCACAUGAGCCAAAUGCAUUUUUUGAUCCAACAGGAGCUGAUGCAGCACAUAUGGAUGGAGAUCAGAUUGUUGUGGAAGUACAGGAAACAGUAUUUGUUUCAGAUGUAGUCGACUCAGAUAUAACUGUGCAUAAUUUUGUUCCUGAUGAUCCAGACUCUGUAGUAAUCCAGGAUGUCAUUGAGGAUGUUGUUAUUGAAGAUGUUCAGUGCCCAGACAUCAUGGAUGAGCCAGAUGUGUCUGAAACAGUCAUUAUUCCUGAGCAAGUGCUGGACACAGACGUAGCUGAAGAGGUUUCUUUGGCUCAUUGCACUGUCCCGGAUGAUGUUUUAGCUUCUGACAUAACAGCAGAGACAAUGUCUAUACCAGAACAUGUACUGACAACUGAGUCAAUGCAUGUACCUGAAGUUGGACACGUAGAACAUGUAGUUCAUGAUAAUGUUGAAGAAGCAGAUAUUGUCACUGAUACUCUGGGAACAGAUGUUGUUUCUGAGGAAGUCUUGGUGGCAGACUGUGCAUCAGAGGCAGUGAUCGAUGCUAAUGGAAUCCCUGUGGAACAUCAAGAUGAGAAGGGCAACUGUGAUGAUUACCUUAUGAUUUCCUUGGAUGAUGCUGGUAAGAUAGAACACGAAGGUUCUGCUGAAAUUACCAUGGAAGCAGAGUCAGAAAGUGGCUCUUGUAAAGUGGAUGGCAUUUGUCCAGAAGUCAUCAAGGUCUAUAUAUUCAAAGCAGAUCCUGGAGAAGACGAUUUAGGGGGCACAGUAGACAUUGUGGAGAGCGAGCCAGAGAAUGACCACGCAGUUGGAUUGCUCGAUCAAAACAGCAGUAUUCGUAUUCCAAGGGAGAAAAUGGUUUACAUGACUGUAAAUGAUUCUCAGCAUGAAGACGAAGACUUAAAUGUUGCAGAAAUAGCCGAUGAGGUUUAUAUGGAAGUGAUUGUAGGAGAGGAGGAUGCCGCAGCUGCCCAUGAACAGCAAAUUGAUGACACUGAAAUUAAAACUUUCAUGCCCAUAGCUUGGGCAGCAGCUUAUGGUAAUAAUAACGAUGGCAUCGAAAGUCGGAAUGGCACUGCAAGUGCUCUUUUGCACAUAGAUGAGUCAUCUGGACUUGGGAGAUUGGCCAAGCAAAAACCAAAGAAGAAGAGGAGACCUGAGUCCAGACAGUAUCAGACAGCAAUAAUCAUUGGCCCCGAUGGUCAUCCGUUGACAGUCUACCCCUGCAUGAUUUGUGGAAAGAAAUUUAAAUCCAGAGGUUUCUUGAAAAGGCACAUGAAAAACCACCCGGAGCACCUUCUUACUAAGAAGAAAUACAGAUGCACAGACUGUGAUUACACUACCAAUAAAAAAAUAAGUUUACAUAACCACUUGGAGAGUCAUAAGCUGACCAACAAAACAGAAAAGCUUAUUGAAUGCGAUGAGUGUGGGAAAACCUUCUCUCAUGCAGGAACUUUAUUUACUCACAAGAUGGUGCACAGGGACAAAGGAGUUAAUAAAAUGCACAAGUGCAAAUUCUGCGAUUAUGAGACAGCAGAACAAGGGUUACUGAGUCACCACCUCUUGGCUGUCCACAGCAAGAACUUUCCUCACAUUUGCGUGGAGUGUGGCAAGGGGUUUCGCCAUCCGUCAGAGCUCAAGAAGCACAUGCGGAUCCACACUGGUGAGAAGCCCUACCAGUGCCAGUAUUGUGAAUACCGAUCUGCCGACUCUUCCAACUUGAAAACCCACGUAAAGACUAAACACAGUAAGGAAACGCCCUUGAAGUGCGAUAUUUGUUUCCAGACUUUUUCAGAUACCAAAGAGCUACAGCAGCACACGCUUAUGCAUCAAGAAAGUAAAACACAUCAGUGUUUGCAUUGUGACCAUAAGAGCUCAAACUCGAGUGAUCUGAAACGACACAUUAUUUCAGUCCACACAAAAGACUAUCCUCAUAAGUGUGAUAUGUGUGAUAAAGGCUUUCACAGGCCUUCAGAACUGAAAAAACACGUGGCAGCUCACAAAGGUAAAAAAUUGCACCAAUGCAGACAUUGUGACUUUAAAAUUGCAGAUCCCUUCAUUCUGAGUCGACACAUACUCUCAGUUCACACAAAGGAUCUUCCAUUCAGGUGCAAGAGAUGUAGAAAGGGCUUUAGGCAACAAAACGAGCUGAAAAAACACAUGAAAACACACAGUGGCAGGAAAGUUUAUCAGUGUGAGUACUGUGAGUAUAGCACUACAGACGCCUCAGGCUUCAAACGGCACGUGAUUUCCAUUCACACAAAAGACUACCCUCACCGGUGUGAGUAUUGCAAGAAAGGUUUCCGAAGGCCUUCAGAGAAGAACCAGCACAUUAUGCGACAUCAUAAAGAUGUUGGGCUGCCUUAGUCUCUUUCACAGACUUAUGGCUGGAAUUAUAAAGGAAAUUUGCCUUUCAGGCAGUUAGCUUAUUUUAAAGCCAAUCACCUGCGAUCACACACACACAAAAAAAAAACAACAAAAAAAAUACUGUGCAUUUGAUUUGUUGCUGUAUAAAAAUAGGAUUAUUGCUUGUAGUUGACUUUUAUACCUUUUGUUCAAUAGCGUGUUCUGAAUUCUAUUCAGUUUGUUUAAUAAAUGAAGAAAAGAUGGCAACAAUAAAGUUGCAUUUAAUAAAGUAAACCCUGUCUCUUACUGAAUUUUUCAACCGUAAUAGUUUAAGUAUAUUUAUCUUACUGACCUCGUUGAUACUCACAGUGUCCAUGUUAAUGCAGUUUUGUCGUGAAUUUUAAAAAUACAAAAUUUCUCUUGAUAAAAUUGUCAGAGGUGUGUAUAAAAUGGGGAAUUGUCAUGUUGACAGUAAAGUCACUAGGGCCCACCUGAUUGUCCUGUUUUAACUAUACAGACUUUGUGGCAGGUUAACUAUUUUCCGGUUGAGGAGUUACAAGUCUCAUGUCGUGUUUUCAUUCUGGUUUCAGAGAGAAAAAUAUUUUAAAAAAUGGUUUGGGGCGGUUUUUAUCUUUCCUGGGCAAAUUUAAAAGUAUGCGCAAAUAUUACAUUUAUUGUUCUGUGCUUCUUUGUCUUUGAAAGGUUUUGUGUGUUACAAAAGAGUUGGGUUUUUUCCACUUUACUCCUGUCUUAAAUGUUGGAAACGUAAAGUACUCUUGUUCCAUUUGCAGAGUUAACAAUAGAUCACACCUGUCUGUAUGUGCUGGUAAACGUACCUCAAACUUUAUGCUUUUAUGUAUGUUGGUAUUUCUUUGAAAGAGCAGUUUGUGGUUCAAGUCACAUUUUUAUUGUUAGUUGUUUUAGAAUAAAAUUUACGACCAAGAGGUGCCUCGAUUUUGGAAACCAGAUAUUUGCAGUGAGAGCUUAAGAAAGGAAUGGAGCAGAGCAGAUGACUUCGUAAGGAGUAGAGACGUUGUAACAUAGAUAUCCUUAAUAAGAGAAGUAACUUAUGAUAGAUGCAGUUCUGUUAUUAAAUUUAAUGUUUUUCCUGAGCCAUUAGGAGCUGUGUUCAGCUGCUGCUUAUUAAUUAGUACAGUAUCCAGAAUUAACCCAGUUCUUUUAAUCUGUUUAUAAACAGCUGGGAGAAUAUUACAAUUAUUAGAUGUAAUUUUGCCACCUGAAGACUAUUAUAAAGUAGCUCCAUAUCAUUUGCUAAUUGCAGUGUAAAUGUACCAAGCACAAAGUCAUGUGCUUUAAGAACAACCUUGAAGCAAAAAGCCCAAACCAUUUUAAUUACAGGCCAGAUUUUAGGACCUGGCCCUGCUCCCCUUGGUCAAAUUCCCACCCCAGCCGCUGUUUGAUGAUGGAUUGCAGAGUUCAGUCCCGGCUGUCUGCCAGAUGAAGAUAGAUUUGUAACCAACAAUCCACUAAUGGAAAGGCUUCAGAGCCUGGGCCAGUGUUAAUUCCUGUUUCUAGGCAGGUGAUCUUCCAGUUGAAAUCAAACAGGAAUUUUAGUGAUGGUUUCAAAUCUGGGGUGAUAGAGGGAGAAAGGUUUCCUUUUUUGGAUGUGCAUCUUUUAGGCCUUUUGUAUUUUGUCUUGUUACCGAGCCCUGCCCCUACUGCUCAUCCCUCCUGUGUCACUGUAAGCUGAAAUUCUUGUCUGUAGUGUGCAGUUCAGGAGAAUCCAAUGCCAUGUCACUGCCUGUGUUGUAUGAUGGUUUUUUCUUUCUUUGCCUGCUUGCAGUGCCCCCAGACUUGCCAGGUGUGCUCUUGUGUAAUAUUGCUACUAGCAGGCCGUGACCCUUUAGCGUGUAAUUCCUGGCUGUGCUGCCUUGUGCCUUCCUUGAAAUCCCCGCUGAAGCCAGUGGAUUUCCUACAUGGCUGUAGUGUCCGUUGCCUGCUGAUGCCAAACCAGAUGCAGUAAAACCCAGCAGAGAUUCUCACUCGCUUCUUGCAAAAUACCUGCCUGUGACUACUUUUUUUUCCUCUCUUAUGUUCAAGCAUUUUCUAACUGGAAACCUGGAAAGUGUACAAAAUCUGCAUAAAUUCCCAUAGUAGUGCUGAGGAUUUUUAGCCAUUUUGAACUUUAUUUUUUUAAAUAAGCUGAAAGACAAAGAACACAAUUUUACACAUUUUCUUUCUCUUACGUAGCCUGGAAUCAUACACACUUUUUUUUUUUUUUUUAAAGCACAAUGUUGAAACUUUUUUUUUUUUAAUAAUUAAGGGUUUGGUCAAGUGGAUUUUGUAAAAUGUAUUUGUCUGUAUAAAGAGAAAAUGAAAUUAUAGUUAUUGUUAAUGUACUGACAUUAGUUACAGGUUAGUUUUAAUUCUUAAAUAAUUUGCUUAGCAAAUGCUAUAAAAUGGAUGUUUCAGUUUAAUGUUUAAAAAAGGUACAGAUUUUUACAAGGACAUAAUAUAAAUUAUUGUUCUGUAGAAAAUACCCUGUUAAAUAUUGUAUAUGUCCUUCCCUCUGUACACUUUGUAAAAAAGACAAAAGAAAAAAACAAAAUACAUAGAACCAUAUAGGGAUGUGUGACAUUAUUGUAAUUGUGUACUUGAUAAUAACGUGAAAAAUAAAAUUCAAAAUAUUUUCCUUUUAA